AUGGCCAAAGAAAGGAACAAUACAACAGUUACCAAAUUCAUCCUUUUGGGAUUCUCAGAUUUUCCCAAGCUCAAGAUUGUUCUCUUUACAGUAUUCUUGGGGACUUACCUCUUAACAGUGGCCUGGAACCUGAGCCUCAUCAUCCUGAUUAGGAUGGACUCCUACCUACAUACACCCAUGUACUUCUUCCUCAGCAACUUAUCCUUUAUAGAUUUCUGCUAUGUUACCUCCACAACCCCCAAAAUGCUCUCAGACUUCUUCCAGAAGCCUAAAUUCAUCUCCUUUAUGGGGUGUGCCAUGCAAUACUUCUUCUUCUCUAGCCUGGGUCUGACUGAGUGCUGUCUCCUGGCAGCCAUGGCUUAUGAUCGUUAUGCUGCCAUUUGUAAUCCUCUGCUCUACACAACCAUCAUGUCCCCCACCCUCUGUGAGCAGAUGGUGGUUGGAGCCUAUAUAACUGGUAUCUUUGGCUCAUUGAUCCAACUGUGUGCUUUACUUCAGCUCGAUUUCUGUGGACCAAAUAUUAUCAACCACUUCUUCUGUGAUUUGCCUCAAUUAUUAGUCCUAUCCUGCUCUGAAACCUUUUUCCUACAACUCAUAAAGUUUGUGAUAGCGGUGAUUUUUGGUGUGACAUCCGUCAUAAUCAUCAUGAUAUCUUACAGUUAUAUCGUUGCCACCAUCCUGAAGAUCAGCUCACUUGAAGGCAGAUCCAAGGCCUUCAACACCUGUGCUUCUCAUCUGAUAUCAGUGACUUUUUUUUUUGGAUCAGGACUCUUUGUCCAUAUGCACCCAAGCGCUGAUAAUUCUCUGAGCUAUGACAAGAUGGCAGCAGUCUUCUAUACUGUGGUGAUCCCCAUGUUGAAUCCUUUGAUUUACAGCCUGAGGAACAAGGAAAUCAAAGAUGCCCUUAUGAGAUAUAAGAAUAAGAGAGUAUUUUCCCAUUGUCACAGUUAA